AUGCCUUAUUCCGCUAUCGACAUUAACGAAGAAGAAAAAUUCUUCCAAGAACAAGUCCAAGAAAUUGGUAACUGGUGGAAGAACCAAAGAUGGGCCAAGACCAAGAGAAUCUACCAACCAGAGGAUAUUGCAAGAAAGAGGGGAUCUCUUAAAGUCAAGUACCCUUCAAGUGACCAAGCGAAGAAACUAUACAAGUUGUUGGAAGAGCACAAUAAGACUAAGUCUGUUUCUUUCACUUUCGGUGCUUUAGAUCCAAUUCAUGUUUCUCAGAUGGCCAAGUACGAAGACUCCGUAUACGUCUCUGGUUGGCAAUGUUCUUCUACUGCUUCUACUUCUAAUGAACCAUCUCCAGAUUUAGCUGAUUACCCUAUGGACACCGUUCCAAACAAAGUUGAACACUUAUGGUUCGCUCAAUUG